AUGGCAGUUGCGCCGCGCUCCACGGAAAAGCACCGUGAAGCAGCACAUAUGGUGCAGACAGGGAUGGCUGCGCCCUAUGGUGGGGGUGUCUUCCCUCCUCCGGUAAACGGGGUCGCGGGUGUCGUGGGGGCGGCCGGUGCAGCCGGUGACGUUAAGCCACCGCCACCAGUGACGGUGAAGGAGGAGAACGCCGGUGCGCCCCAGCAACCACCCCCGACUGGCGGGCCCCAGGUGCCGCCUGCGGCGGGCGCACCCCAUCCCGCCGCCCCCGGUGCGCCGACCGCGGCCAGCUUCAGUCCGCCUCCGCCACCGAACGGGGUCGAUCAACAGGCCAUCUCGGAGGUGUUCCAGGCUGCAGUGGUGGCAGCGGCGGCUGCAGCAGCGGGUGGUGGCGGCCAGCAACCCGCACCGACACCAGGCGGUGGCAGUGAGACCAACCCCGAAGGCGGAGUGGAGGCUGCUGCGUUGGUACCUGUCACCUCGGGCGCGACGACACCCGCGACAGCGACACAAGGCACCGACCUCAAAGGUCAACCAAAACGUUUGCACGUCAGCAACAUACCUUUUCGCUUCCGAGACCCUGACCUCAGGGCAAUGUUCGGGCAAUUUGGGCCAAUCCUUGACGUGGAAAUUAUAUUUAACGAAAGGGGAAGCAAGGGAUUCGGUUUUGUAACAUUCGCAAAUAGUGCUGACGCGGACCGGGCACGUGAGAGGCUACACGGCACCGUGGUUGAGGGCAGAAAGAUUGAGGUGAACAACGCAACGGCGAGGGUACAGACGAAAAAACCGCCGACGAUGCCGAACGUGUGCGUACAGUGGCCCGAGGCUGCGGCGCUUAGAGGAGUCGCCAUACAACGCGGCCGAGUUGGAGCGGCGAGGACGACUUUUCCAACCAGCGCGGCCGCCCUAGCGCUGGCCAGGAAUCCGGGGCCACUUGCAGCUGCAGCUGCGGCCACGGCCCUGCACCCCUUCGCACCCGCUGUUUACUACGACCCCUUCCUCGCGGCUCACGCAGCGACGCAGGAUCCCAACUACAGGUUGCAGGCCGCGGCAGCCGCAGCCGCAGCUUCACCAUUGUUGAAGACACCACUAUCAACGGCACAGCAGGCUACGUACGCAGCUGCAGCAACCUACACGGCGGUGGCUGCGCGCGCAUACGGCGCAGCUGCAGCUGCGGCACAACCGGUCGCAGGAUAUGCCGCAGUCGCGGGCUACGGGCGUGAAUACGCCGAUCCCUACCUCGGACAUGGCAUCGGACCUGUGGCGGGUUACGGGGCAACGGUAUACCGAGGUGGCUACAACAGGUUUACGCCAUACUAAAUGGAUCGUUAGUAGCAAGAGCUCGAGAGCCUUCCAAGUUAUACUCAGCAGAACAUGACCAGACGCAAGUCGACACAAUCAUCAUUGUCAUUUUUGCCAUCUUCGAGAUCACCCACGAGACGACGAGCCUGGACCCUUCCCACGCAUGCUGACUCGCCGGUUUUUAUCGUGACAACACCGCUGACAUCCUCGACAUCGAGAAAUCGUCCGAACAGGAGACUACUGUUAACGUGAAACUAGCGAAAAGCACCGUCUACAUCAAAUCUUUCAAAUAGUACCUUCGAGAAUUGUAUGAACGACGAUUGAAAUUGGGCGAGAAAAAUCGAUCUGUAAAUGCAACGGCAGCGUCGAGGUCGGCGCAUCGAAGUGUCGAGUCGUGUUCGGCCGGAAGUCGCCUCUAAGUCGCCUCUAAAGUCUCUCCCCUGCCAGCAGCUAUUCGCAGGGGAGAGUCUUCUAUCCCGUUCUCCGUUUCCAUUCGAUCAAUCGGUCCGAGCAAAUUUGAACUGAAUUUUCAAAUGUUGAAAUUGAAAUAAAACUAGUGGCACACUUGCUUCUCGCACUUUCGAAUUUUACCGCACAAAAUUAUUUUCGAUAACACCUUCACGUUUUUUCUAUAUAUAUUUGUCGUAUAUAUUCUUGUCGGCACAUUUAAUACGAUACCGAGCGUUUUAAUCUUGCGAACAAUUUCACGGGCCACUAAAUGGAAUAGUAGUUAUAUUUUUUUCUCUCUCAUGUUUAUAGUUUUCUGUAAAACGCAUUAAUGUUGUGAUAUUAUGUCCGAUACGAUGCAUGAUUCAUGCAGUUUGCCAAUUUACCGAAAUACUUUGUAAUAUAGCUGUACAUUUGUUGUAAUUAUUUCCGUUUAAGUCAACAUUGCACAAUACAAUUUGCAUUCAUAGUCUAAAUUAGCAGAUAGUGUUAAAAAUAAUUCGAGGUGACCGCCGAGUCGACGGAGUCCUAAAUAUUUCGCACAAAUAUUGUAGAACAAUUUUACGCACACAAUUUAUUUAGAUGAUGGAAUUAAGAUGAGCGCAAACGCGCGAUUACUGAAUGAAUAACUACCGCAAAUGACACAGUAUACUUUCCUACAGUAUAUAGAGAUGUUUUCUGCCAUGGCAGCGAGGCAUUGACGAUUUCAGUCGACACGAGCCGACACGAGGUGAUCCGAAAAAAAAAAACGAGAUCUUUAGGUAGCUAGUUAAAAAGAAAAAAAAACGACCUAGAAAGAAAUAAAAGCAUCCACGUGACCGGUAGGGUUUCUAUGCCAAAUAUGUGUGUGUAUGCGCUUUUGCGCGCGCGUGUGUUGUGUAUGCGUAGGUUGCGAACCAAAAUUCUCAGUAAACUUAGAGGAGUAGCAGAAAGAACGGAAGAAGACAGGGACAAGAAUCGCUUGCACCACUGAAACAGUAUACCGAAUUCUAAUUGCGCAGGGUCUAAUCAAAUCGAUUUCUCGAUUGCGAUAACGCAUUUUUGAUCUUCAUUUAUCUCCUACAAUUCAGGGUCUCGACACUGAAAUCUCAUUUUGUACGCUCUAUUUGCGGACAUUACAGUUACAAUUUUAGAAAAUUUUGAACGUAUUUCCAAACACAAUUGGCACAAUUUCGAACUGUCUCAUGUAUAAUGUAUUGUUUUUAUAAUUUUUUUGAAAUAUCAAACAUACCGUAAACCGACGUACCCAUCUUGUAUCAAAUGACCCAAAAGUUUUGAGGGAUCUACAGAAAAAACGGCUACAAAGAUCCGUUUCAAUUUUAGAACUUCGAAACUGAAUUUGAGAUCCGCAGACUUAAUUUUCACAACAUUAAGUUACACGAGGAAUCCCGCACGGCAAUUUCAUCGCAUCCUUUCACCUGUCGUGUAUUAUAACAGAGCGGCAAAUACGGUCAUAUUGUCUCAUCAACGCUUCUUCCCUCUUUUCUCUGAAAAGAAUUCGAUAUUAAGUUUAUCACGCGAUAACCCUACCCCUCCCUCCUCCCCAGUGUGUACCACUUAUUUAUUUAGUUAAGCGACUGAAACAAACAUGACAAUUUUCUUUUUUUUACUACAACGUUUUACAAACGUUUAAGCAGAAUCCACCCUUGUAAUCGCUAAGCGCAGAAUCUCAAUGCCAAUGAAACGAGAACGUAGUAAUAGUACGUAAACAAAGAUAGACUUGUAGAAUGCGUCUCUUGGCGUGAACCGAUCUUGAAGGGCGCAUCGCGAACGCACGAGGCUCUGUCCACUGUGCUGUAAGAAGAGAGGAAAAGGUCCGCGCUACUCUCGGACCGCCGUUAAUCGGCAAUAAGCAAUAUAUCGUGCGAGCAACUCUUUAGCGUGGACAUUGCAUACUCAGCAGGUCGUUUCGGUUUCUCGAUGUCGAAGUGACGCGCGCGUUCGCUCGCGCGCGUGCCUGUAAUACGAACUCGUCUUCUCGUCACAAAGGAUGAUUAGGUCCAGCUGAAUGCCGACCUAGUUGUACGCGAAAUACAUCGAGUAAUCGAAAACGCCGAUACGGAUAGACAUUAAGUCGUAGCGCUUUUCUUUCGUUUCCCUUUUUUUUUUUUAAUUGUGACGUACGGGUCGACAUUUCGUUGUAUUUCGCUGAUCGAAAUGUGUAUGAGACAUAACAUUUGUAUUUACAUUUAAGGUUUUAUGGAAAUUCUUUGCCGAACGCACAUGACUCUUUUUAUAUAAAUAUACUUUUCGUUCUUGCUAUUUCGUAGAUGGUUGUUUUUUAUAAUGUAUCGCCCUCGGUCUCGGUUUCUAUUCAGAUCGGCGUUCUCGGUCACUGGAUCCCUUUCUUGUGACUACUGCUUCCUGAUCGAGUAGAUAUACCGGUGCGCUAUACAGAAAGUAAAAAAAAAAUGAUACUCUAUUCGAGGGUUAUCAGGAGAUUCUCAUGAUAAUGUUAAAUUAAUGAACAUAGAUUAAUUAAUGAACAUAGAUUAAAUUAAUGAACAUAGAAUAAUUAACUGAUUACGCAGUGAAUACGUAAAAAAAAAAAAAAAACCGGGGACGGAUUUUGUCAGGGAACGUGACGUGUGCGUGCUCGUCGUGACGUGAAUGACGUGAGUGUCAAAUUGAUGAGGAUCGCGAGAAUCGUCGGUUUCUCGGUAGAUGCACACACACACACAGACAUCCCUUUCCGCGUGAAAGAAUAGCACAAGGAACCGUACGCGCGGGUUCAGAUGAGAAGAGAAAAAAAGUCGAGCGUUUGGAAACUAGAGAUUUUCGCAGCCGCGGCACAGCCCCAACGCGGGGGUGAAAGCGAACACACGAGAGAAAGAGAGAUUCUGCGAGGUUUAUCUCCCUGUAUAUUGUACACUGUAAUUACAAUUUAUAUUUACUCGUAAUCGAUACCUUUAUCGAUAGGUUACUAUUAUUAUUAGUGGCUAGCGUAAUAAGUCAAGCUCAAAUUAGCGAGACGGGAGAGUCGCGCGAGACACUUUUUUCCCCACCCUCCUCCUCCCCUCCCCCUCGCGUUUAGUCGCGUCUCAUCUUCGCUACAAAUGCACAAUUUCCUUUCCUCGAUUCUCCCCUUUCUGUGUGCGCGUUACCGUUGCGAGCAGGCCUAUCGUACAAGAUGUUCAUAGAAUCUAGAGGCUAGAUCAGCUCUCUCUCUCCUCUCUUCCCCCUCCCUUUCCCCCGACCCUCCAUUCUCUCACGUCUUUCCAGUGUCCUUCAUUUCUCCUUCUGGACAUUAAAGGAAUGCCUCGUUAAUGGAUUUCGUUUCCAACUUUGCUAUUUAGCGAGAAAAAGGAAUUACGGGGAGUAUUAAUGGGAAAUUCUUUCGGCUGUCAAAAAAAAUGUUGUCCACAAAGAACGCGACAUAUCUAGAAUGAUAAUAUAAUUUACGAGGAAGUCCAAUGACUUCUGCCAAAUUUCCGCACGUUUACGUAUCAUGGUCCCGAAUCCCCCGCUCUCCUCCCCUUUACCGUCACAUUAGUCUUCGGUCUUCGUCGAGCGUACCUUCCUUUCCGGAUUGAAGGGCUCAUUUCCGCAACGUUGAUCCGUAUUUUAAAAAUGAAAGAGAUGGGAUUCGUGAAAUUCUUUUUAAAAUACGGAUCAGAAUGACGUACAGAGGGGAUAUCUCUUCUAUCCUGACGAAUUGUAACGACGGACGCAAACGAGGAUCUCGUGCCGGAAUUCUCAACUCCGCCGAUGAUUGAUUUUUACCCCUCGUCGAUGAUGAGAUCCAGAACUAGUGGAAUCGCGCAGUGUAACAUAACUCAAUGAUACGCACCGUACAUUAUACGUAUAAUGAUUAAUUAACGAUAAAUACCGUAAAGGGAUUUUUAAAUGAAUCUAGAUGAAUACAUGACUACAUAAUGACACAUCUUACAAGCAACAUAUCCUAGGUAUUUGAGCAGGGCGCUGCCGGAGGAUCUCUCCCCCCUUUCCCUCCGUCCUUGUCGUACGAUCGCAGAAUCGACGCGAGGAGGAGCGUAUAAAUUUGACCGACGCCCCGAAAGCGAAAAAUGUCUCGAGCCGACGCGGCAGCGCCGUGCCAGUCUUUUCGAAUUAUUGCAAGAAAAAAUUAAUGAAGGAUGUUCCAUGACAUUAGGACGUUAUUAUUAAUGAUAUUUCUAGCAACGCGUGCGUGUAAAGUUUAAUGUAUCUAUAAUAUGAGACAUGAUGCCUGCGUUCAUGUGCUGUUAGUGUGUGCGUGCGUGCGUGCGUGACGGAUGAGCGAGAAAUUCGUACCCCCUUCUUCACAAAUUGGUGAAAAAUCAAGAGCACGAAUUAAUUAAUCGUUAUAAGGUAGCACAAAGAUAACAAAAUGACAAAUGAAGAAGAAAUUGCCCAGUGACGUUCGGAUCGCUGAGAAAAACAGAUAAAAUUGCCACCUGUUUUUUUCGCUUCUCUUGCAAAUGUAUAAAAAAAAAAAAGAAAAGAAAAGAAAUCCACAAAGAGAAACGUCGUUGACAUCUCUCUGUGUCUCCUUGCGGAUUUCCUCUUCAAACGCAUAAGCGAUUUGUGCGGGUCGAGAGUUCAAUGCAAUAGCGAGCUCGCAAGAGAAAUUCAUGCAAAUCGGUGAAAGAGUAAAAAGAAAAAAAAAGAGGUAUAAGAGAUAGCAAGAAUAUAUGGUCAACCUCGAUGAACUUUAUUUGCGAAAUAUUGAUAGGAAUAUAAGGUGUGACUCGUGACACCUUUAUCAUUGUCUGAUUUGAUGAUAUUUUGUAAGUCUGGACCAGUUGUUAGGUUCUUAUUAAUCUCAUAGCGACUUCUUAUGGCGUAUUUUCUCUGUAUAUUGUCAAUGUUUAUUAUUAAAUAUUUUUCAAAUAAA